AUGCACAGCAUUCCAGCAAAAUUGGGAUGCGGCUCUACUAGAGGUUUUGAUCCAGAAGGUAGAGGUGGUCAUGUAUCCGUUAUAGUUAAAGAUAGAAUUUAUUUUAUGGGUGGCUCUCGUAGAAUUUCAGAUGAUAAUUCAAUAAAAAAAAAGUUUCCAAUAAGAGGUUAUAAUUUAUCAGAUGAAGUUUUUUACUUGGAUCUCACGUCACCAUUUUUUAAGGCUAGGCCACCAUUUAUUGAUCUUUCCGGUGACAGUAAUUCACGAAUGAAAUAUGGAAGUGUAAAAGGAACUGCAGUGUCAGGAGUUAACAGCCAUGAAUUGUAUCUCAUUGGAGGUACAUUACAAGACCUUCCUCUCCUUAAUCAGAUAGACAGUAAUGUAACUCUUACAGAUCAAUCAUUAAUGCAAAAAGAGUUAAUUGAUACUUGGAAUGUAUCUAAUCGAGCUGAUGGAGAAUUAAAUGUUCUUAUUUACCACCCGACUGAACAAAGUUGGUUUCCAAUUCGUAAGACAAAUGGAGGACCAACAAUUAGACGUAGAUCAACUUCAACUGUAAUAAGUCAGGAUGGAAAGAUAUAUAUGUUUGGAGGAAGAGCCGAAAUAGAUACUGGUUCACCUGACGUUGUUUUAUUUAAUGAAAUCUAUAUUUAUAAUACCAAUGCAGCAGGAUGGAGUAAAAAUCCAAGUAAUGCACCUCUUGCUCAAAGUCAUAGUACUGCGACAUUACUUCCAAGUGGUGAAAUUCUCUAUAUUGGAGGUGCUUAUCAAGAUCAAGGUCAACCUGGAGUAAAUCCAACUCUAAUUGAAAUGGAAAAUGUGAUUAUUUUUAUAAAUUUUCAGAAUGCUUGCUCAAAAUAUGCAUAUUAUUUUUAUUAG